AUGUCGACAUCAGUGGUGCUAUUGACCGGCGCGGGCAGUGGUAUAGGGUUAUGCGUCCUGACACAACUGUUGGAGAAGCAACCAAGUCCACGAGUUCAGGUCCUGACGUUGUGCCCGACGCCCGAGUUGACCGCGCUGGAGACCAAGUACGGCAAGACUCAGCUGAAUGUCGUCUACGGAGAUGCAUGCAAUACGUGGACCGUGGAAAAGGCGGUUCAGGAGACGAUGGCAAACUUUGGCGCAAUGACACACCUCAUAAGCUGCAUCGGGACGAUGCUGCCGGUGCAAACCAUCCGACACGUUCCCAUGGCGGAGUACAGAAAUAUCUUCGACAUCAAUUACUUUUCGGUGGUCGACCUCGUGCAGCGGUCGUUGCCACACCUGGCGGCGUCCGCGACAAUCCGGAAACCGACCGUCAUCAUCGUGACGAGCGGCGUGGAUUCGACGGUGUUGUACCGAGGCUGGAGCGGCUACUGUACGUCCAAAGCCGCGCUGACGCGGUUCGUCCACCUGCUCGCGCACGAGGAGCGAGACAUGGACGUGUACGGCGUGCUCCCGCUCGUCACCAGGUCGCCCAUGGUGGAGAAGAUCUUCAACGGCGAGUACGACGACGUGAUGGUGCCCGAGGAACGGGAGAGGUUCGACGUCUGGGCCAAAGAAGGCAAGAUUGAGCCGCCCGAAUAUAUUGCCCAGUCCAUCGUCAAGGCUGCCAUGGGCGAGAUCACGGCCGAGUCGAAGGAGGUGGAGAGAAACGAUUGCGGCGCGUUGUUCAUCGGGAGUUUGUAUCAGAAAUGA